UUCCAUUUUCUGUUAAAAACUUGAAACUUCAUCUCUCCCUCCUCAAUCUCAUCUGUACAUCUAAUUAGGUUUUCUUUCAGGAACGAGCAAAUAUGGUGAAGAAGAGCAAAAAGAGUAAGAGUAAAAGAAUAACCUUAAGGCAGAAACAUAAGGUUUUAAGGAAGGUUAAAGAGCAUCAUAAAAAGAAAGCUAAGGAUGCUAAAAAGUUGGGAGUUAAUAAGAAAACUAAGGUUGAGAAGGAUCCUGGUAUUCCUAAUGACUGGCCUUUUAAGGAACAAGAGCUUAAGGCUCUUGAAGCUCGUCGGGCUCGUGCAAUCGAGGAGUUGGAGCAAAAGAAAGUUGCCCGUAAAGAGAGGGCUCAAAAGAGAAAGUUGGGGUUGCCCGAGGAUGAUGUAGCUUCAGAAAAAGACCAAAUUUCUGAAAAACAAGAUAACAAUGGUGAUUUUGGUGGAAUUGCAAGAAAUAGGGAUACUUCAGAUAGGGCAUUCUAUAAGGAACUGGUUAAAGUCAUCGAGGAAUCGGAUGUGAUACUGGAAGUUUUGGAUGCCCGAGAUCCUAUUGGUACUCGUUGUUUUGAUAUGGAAAAGAUGGUGAUGAAAUCAGGUCACAAUAAGCAACUCGUGUUGCUUUUAAACAAAAUUGAUCUUGUCCCACGAGAAGCUGUUGAAAAAUGGCUAAAGUAUCUUAGAGAAGAAUUUCCUACAGUUGCCUUCAAGUGUAGUACUCAAGAGCAGAGAUCAAACUUAGGGUGGAAAUCUUCCUCUAAAGCAUCAAAGGGCAACACUAUUUUGCAAACAAGUGACUGUCUUGGAGCAGAAACACUUAUCAAACUGCUGAAAAAUUAUUCAAGAAGUUAUGAUAUUAAAAAAUCUAUUACAGUAGGCAUUAUUGGGCUGCCUAAUGUUGGAAAGAGUAGUCUAAUUAACAGUUUGAAGAGAAGCCAUGUUGUCAAUGUUGGUGCUACCCCCGGAUUAACAAGAUCAAUGCAAGAAGUUCAACUAGACAAGAACGUCAAGUUGCUCGAUUGUCCUGGUGUUGUAUUGCUCAAAUCUGCAGAGAAUGAUGCAUCUAUAGCUCUUCGUAACUGCAAAAGGAUUGAGAAGUUGGAGGAUCCAGUUAGCCCAGUGAAUGAAAUUCUCAAGCUGUGCCCAGCUAGGCUGUUGGUAACCCUAUACAAGAUACCAGAUUUUGAAUCAGUUGACGACUUUUUGCAAAAGUUGGCUACAGUCAGAGGCAGGCUAAAGAAGGGUGGUAUCGUGGACAUUGAUGCUACCGCCAGAAUUGUUCUGCGUGACUGGAAUGAGGGUAAGAUUCCGUAUUACACAAUGCCUCCAACUAGGAAUCAAGAAGAACCUUCAGAAUCUAAGAUUGUUUCGGAGCUCGGGAAGGAGUUCAACAUCGAUGAAGUUUACACCGGGGAAACUUCAUUUAUUGGAAGCCUCAAGUCUGUAAAUGACUUUGAUCCUGUUGAAGUUCCGCCUAGUUGCCCAAUCAGUUUCAACGAAAGCAUGAUACAGGGAGAUGUGGAAACCCAACCAUCAGGUAAAGGUAAUGAAAGUGGGGAAGAUAUGAAUCAUGAUGGUGAAGACCAGCCUAUAGAAGACGAGCCUAUGGGUUCCGAAGAAAAUAAUGCUAACAAAGCCAAAGGGAAGAACCCAACUGGCCGACAAAACGAGAAGCUAUAUGAUGCAGAAGGUAUGCUCAAUACAAAAAUGAAACGAGCAGAGAAGAAACGAAGGAAAAAGGCAGGUAAAGUGGAUGCAAUGGGUGAUGACUAUAAUUUCCAAGUAGAUUACUUCAAGAAAAAGGGUUCUGACAUGGACGUCGAAAAGGAUGAUAACGAAAUUAUUGGCGAGGUGCCAAUGUCUGAUGUUAAGUUUGAUGAUGAAUGACAACAUGUAUAACCAUGAAUCAAAACGGUUUUGUAUUUUCAGAGGUUUAGUUUUUUCUUUCUUUCUCAAAUAUUCUUUUUGGUUGAGCUUUAUGAUAACUAUCCGACGGGCAUUCAUUACAUAUACAGUUGUAUCCUGCACGGGAAAUUUUUGUGCCGAGUUGAAAGAGAGACUCAUGUCUCUAUCUAUAUAUACAAUUUGGAAUAUGUUCGAUAA